AUGGGGCGAUGGAAGAAACUGCAGCCAGAAGUAACGAAGUUCUGCGGUAUAUAUGCGAAGGUCACCAGCAGAGAGCGAUCAGGAUGGAAUGACGCUAUGUAUCUGGACGCCGCGUUGAAGGUUUACCAAGAGCGACGCAAACAGCCGUUCGAGUUUCUUGCGGCGUGGAAGGAGCUCAAGGACAAGCCCAAGUGGACCAACAAGAUCACUUCGGCCUCAUCUAUUGGAGUCAAGCGAGGAACAAGUGACGUUGCGUCUUUGGAGAGACCAGAAGGCCGCAAAGCAGCAAAGGCGGCUAACGCCAAAACUAAUGAGAGUCAUGGAAGUGCUGGAGCUCAAACGAUUGGGGCUGGGCUUCUGCACGUAGUCUAG